UGGAUCGAGUUUGUUGGUGGCGCAUCGCCUCACCGCAGGGCGGGAAUCAGGGCAAACCAUGAGGGCAAUGAGGGGUCCGGCCAUUCCCCCUUCCGGUCGCGCUCCUUCAAAAACCCGCACAUUCCUGCCCAGCCGCUUCCGGGCUUCCAUUGUCAGCGAAACUGAACGACGAUUUGACUGAAUCUCUAUUGUUUUUCAGGAUUCAACGUAUUGUGCACCUCGAUAUCCAUUUUGGUGCAUUCAACCAGAAACCUACUAUUUAUUCAUUUAACGACAGAGAUUUCUUGUCGCGAUUCUGCGAUAUCUGUGUCUGCGGGGCGGAAUCGCGACAAGCGGGUGCAAUCCACCACCCCUGGCAAGGCGACCGACAACAGCCUUCCUCUUCGAUGCUCACAAUUGAAUCCUUGUUCAACAGCAGCUUUCUCGGUCAGCUGCGCGCCCUAGUUCACAUGUCGACCUCACCCGACCGGCCCAGUGCCAGUGCGCCGGAGCGCGCUCAGCCCGGCAACGGCGACAAUCAAAAUCGGCCCGCGUCGCAACGAAGGCGACCAUGCAGGCGCAUUACACGGCCCGAGCCGGGCUCGCUGUAUGACAUUCUGCACGACCACGCUGGCACCGCGCUCCAUGUCGCGCCCAUCUGCUGGACCGAUUUCCAUUCCGAGCUGCUUGGCGCGCACUUCACCGAGCGUCCCGCCAUCGUCAAGCCCCUCCCGAACAUCAUCUCUAACGCGCGACUCGACCCCUCCAAGAUGGCGCAGAUACUGACGUACGAGUUGCACACCCUCGUUCGGCAGGACGCGACGCCAGCCAGGGCCUUUUGCAAGAAUCGCGCCAUCAAGUCCAUCAUGUCGACGCUCUUCCCUACAACCCUAUCGCGCCCAAAAACCGGCGCUGAACUGAACCUCUACUUCGGUCACCGCGUCUUUCGGAAAAUGGUCCGCAUUCCCUGCAUCUGGAAGAGUCCCAACAGCGUCGACACCUCCUUUGAUUCCUGCCCGACACUGCCCUCAUCCUCAUUCGCGCAGAUGCCGAAAGAUGGUCGUGACUCCGGCAUGCCAAUGCUGGCGUAUAUCAGCAAGUCGCAGCUCGCCUCCGUCCGCAAGAACCUGUACGGCGUGCUUCGCGGGUCGAAGUACGGCGCAAACGAGCCAGUGACCAGGCUCAAUGAACUCCGGUCCAAAAUGCUACUGCCAUCAAACCCCGACCACGACCCUUACAUUGUCGCGAUCCUGCUAUCAAUGGCGCAGGCGCACUUCUACCGGGAGUCCUCAUCGCGGUCGUCGUCGCAGUCCUCGCAGCGUGGACGGAAGACAAUCCGCAUCCCGCCGCCCUCGUUCCGCGACAUCCAAGUGCAGGUCAUUACGCACGACGAAGGCAACAACAGCAGUCCCAAUUUCGUUGUCUACACUGCAACUGUGACGGCUACCUUCCUAGACCGCUUUAUGUUCCCGCACAAAGCGCCAGCGCCUCAAGACAACGAGGACAGUGCGACUGGAAUCGAGAUCACGUACACGCCGGUCAGCUUCUGGCCUAUCCUCGGCCUGAAGGAACGGCUUUCCAAGGCUCUCGGACGGGAAAUCGCGGGCGACUCGAUCUAUGACGACCCGGACUACAUCGGCCUCUGGGACCCGCUCGUGGAACCGGAGAUCACGCCGACCUACCACCCGGUGAGCCUCAAGCGGAGACGCGGAGGGCAAAGGGAGCCGCUGUCGCAAAUAUCGAACAGCAGUUUUGAGGAGGAAGAGGCCAGUUUUUCAGAGGACCGGCCAGUGCUCAGUCCUGCGACUAAGAGAAGAAGAACAGCACGGCGGCCGGUCAAUACUCUGGAAGUAUGUUGACGAAAAGCGUAGAUCGAUCUUUCUCGGACGGGAUUGGGUUACCCUCUCUGGUUGCAGCGACGGGACGAUGCAUGGGUUUGGCAUGAGCGCAUGACGGGACAGGCUACGGAAAUUAUGGGAUGGAAUGAGACAAUACCCUUGGCAAGGUUCAAUCGGUUAGAGGUGUUUAGGGGAUAAGGUCAAAGCGUCACGGUAACCAUCUGGUACCCAGGAUGGGACUGCAUGGUCAGGAAUGGCGACAGUCAUCAUGAUGCAUUGCAUAUGGCAUACGGUGCUGGAUAGGGUUGGUUGCUCUUAGGCAUGGCGGCCAGCAAUGGCUCACC